UGCAUUGUGUGCUCGAUCAAAUUCUUCUUAGCAGGUCCCACUCUUGUAAUUAAACAAGCUGCCAUCUGUAUUGCUUUGAGAAAAAAGAAGAUUCCUUUAGUUGGUGCAAGGAUGAAAGCAAAAGGCAUUAUGCAUAAUUAAUACAACAAAGGAAAAGGCAGAACUAGCAGGAAAAAGACGACAAUUAAUUAUAACAAUAUGAUGCCUACCAAACGCACUAGGUUUAUUUUAAGCUCUUAUAUCCCUGGAAUCCUUGACUUUGCAAGCACAGUUCCAACCCACCGGGCUAAAGUUUCUAUUUGUGCCCCUCUAUUUCUAGGGUCUUUUACACACUUCCCUCCUAUCUAGUUUGGCCUUUAUUUGAUCCGAUCCUAUUCUCUGUCUCAUCUAUUAUUGCGUUCCCUCUCCACUGGAUUAGCGCGUUCUAUUCCAUGGCAGCUGUAAGCACCUGAGUUGGUUGGCAGCAGCAGCUUCGAGUCAAGGGGGCUGUGGAAGUUGUAUAGCGUUGCAGAAGCCAAGGGCAGAAGCACGAUCUGGUGACGACCAGCGGCGACUCCAUCCAAGGACCUGCCUGCUAGCUGCUUCCCAUCAAGAACCUAGGACAGAUCCAUGGAGGUGGUGACAGGUGCACUGCCAAGCGUUAUCACCAAGCUCGGUGAACUGCUCAUCGGCGAGUACAAUCUGCAAAAGGGGGUGAAGGGGGAGAUCAGGUUUCUCAAAUCUGAGCUCGAGAGCAUGAAGGGUGCCCUUGAGAAGGUCUCUAGCACACCAGCAGACCGGCUUGAUAUUCAAGACAAGAUCUGGGCUAGGGACUUGAGGGAGCUGUCCUACGAUAUGGAGGACAGUAUUGACACAUUCAUGGUCCAUGGCCAGGGUAAAGACCAGGCCAAUCUGCAUGGCAUCAAGAAGUUCAUUGAAAGAAGUGUUGGUUUAUUCAGAAAGGCCAAGAUUCGCUAUGAGAUGGCUACUGAUAUCAGAGACAUCAAGAACCGUGUCGAAGAGGUAGCCAAGCGGCACCAAAGGUACAAGAUUAACAAUAGUGAUGCUGCUAUGCCUGUCAUGAUCGAUCCACGUUUAUUCACUCAGUACACGGAGGCGAAAGAGCUUGUUGGAAUUGAUGAGGCAAGAGAUGAGCUAAUCAAGACUCUAGAAGAAGAGAAUGAAUUGUCCAUGCAGCAGCAUGGAAAGAUAGUUUCCAUUUUUGGAUUUGGGGGACUGGGAAAGACAACUCUUGCAAAUGCAGUUUAUGAAAAGAUUAGAGCACGAUUCGAUUGUUGUGCUUUUGUUUCAGUGUCUCAAACUCCUAACUUGAAGAAAUUAUUCAAGGGCUUGCUCUAUGAUCUUGCCAAAAAUAUCAAUGAAAAAGAAGCAUUGGAUGAGAGUCGGCUCAUAAAAGAACUCAGAGAUUUCCUUCAAAAGAAAAGGUAUUUUGUUGUUAUUGAUGACAUUUGGGAUAUCUCAGUAUGGGAAAUGAUCAGAUGUGCUUUGCCUGAUAAUGAAGUUGGAUUCACUAUUAUUACAACUACCCGUAAUUCUGAUGUUGCUAAAAAAGCUGGUGGUGCUUACAAGCUGAAUCCCCUUUCUUUGAAUAACUCCCGAAAGUUACUAUAUAGAAGAAUAUUUGGUACUGAAAACAAAUACAACAGUGAAGAUAUAGAAAAAUGUCCCGACGAAGAGUUGGCCGAAGUAUCUGACAAAAUACUGAAAAAAUGUGGUGGAGUACCCUUAGCAGUUAUUACUAUGGCUAGUCUGCUAGCAAGUAAAGCAAGAAAUAAAAUGGAUUGGUAUGAGGUGUACAAUUCCAUUGGUACUGGUCUUGAACACAAUCUAGAUGUGAAGAAUAUGAGAAAGAUUUUGUCAUUUAGCUAUUAUGAGCUGCCAUACCAUCUAAGGACAUGCUUAUUAUAUUUAAGCAUGUUUCCAGAAGAUUUUGAAAUUGACAAGGACCGUUUGAUAAGAAUGUGGAUAGCUGAAGGUUUUAUCCAACGUGAAGAACAUGGGAAGAGUCUAUUUGAGCUCGGAGAGAGUUACUUCAACGGGCUCAUAAACAGAAGUAUGAUCCAACCGAUACAUAACUCAAGAACUGGCAUGGCAAAUAGGUGUUGCAUACACGAUAUGGUGCUCGAUCUUAUCCGUUCCUUGUCAAGUGAAGAAAACUUUGUUACUGUACUAAAUGAUAUGGAUAGCACAUCUCCAUCAAAUAUGGUUAGGAGGUUGUCCCUUCAAAAUGGCAAGAAAAGUCACAUCAUGGCUCGAGAUACUAGGAGCUUAUUGCAACAUGCAAGGUCAGUUGUCAUCUUCCCAUCUGCCGUUGCUCAAGUGCUGGCUCCUGGCAGCUGCCGAUAUUUACGUGUACUCGAUUUAGUGGAUUGCAACCUUUCACAAACUAAUAGCCUGAAGUACCUUGGAAAUUUAUACCUGUUGAGGUACUUGAGAUUAUAUUCUAACCAUAUUUUUGAGCUUAUGGAAGAAAAGGGACUAUGUUUUAAGCAAAAUUUUCAGCUCCCGGAAGAAAUAGGAAACCUGCAAUUUCUACAAACAUUGGACAUAAGGGGCACUAAUAUUUCCAGCUUGCCUUCGAGUGUUGUCCAGCUAAGAAAUUUGAUGUGCCUAGACAUUACCGGAUCUACAAGAGUACCAAAUGGAAUCGGAAACCUAACAUGCCUUGAGCAGCUGUCACAGUUACACAUUGAUAGCUCCACCAUAAACAUUGUAGAGGAGUUAGGCCAGCUAACUGAACUGAGGCAGUUGUGUAUUCAAUUGGACGAGUGGAGUGAUAAUCUGUUGGAGUGCCUACGCAAGCUAGAAAAGAUCCAGGAACUAAGUAUCGUAGUCCGUCCUGAAGAUCAACGCAGCAUCGGUGGAUUGGAUGCCUGGGUCGCUCCUCGACAUCUCCGUUUGUUGAAUGCACGACGCAGCUGUUGGUUUUCUACACUGCCGGCUUGGGUGAAUCCAUCGCAUGUUUCGGAUCUUACCUGCCUAUCCAUCGCGGUGAGGGAGCUACAUCAGGUCGAUCUCGAUAUCCUCGGGAGGUUGCCAGCUCUCUGCUCUCUAUACCUGACGGUGGACAAUAAGACCCUAGGAAUCUUUGAAGGAUUCAUUGUUGGUGCUGGUUCGUUCCCGUGCCUUGUAUACUGUUACUUCUGGCAAUUUGUAUGGCCAGUGGUAUUUCAACAAGGAGCUAUGCCAAGGCUCAGAGAUCUUCACCUCUGGUCGUUGUUUUAUGUGCGUGAGGGAAGAGGAAUUGCUAGCAGCAAUGGUGGUCUCGACUUGGGCCUGGGGAACCUACCAUCGCUGCAGAAUGUCACCGCUAUCCUCCGCUCUCCUCCGAUGGGUGCAAACAAGGAGGCGGCAAAGCAAGCCAAGGCUGCGCUGACGCAUGCAGCUAAAAUGCAUCCCAAUCAUCCCAGCCAUGAUAUAACUAGUAUUAAUUAUGAAGCUUGAGAUGUCGAAUAACGAAUCGGAGAAAAGAUUUGAGUCAACGCCAAUAAUAAGUUGCUGGCACAUGACAACUUCCUCUGUCUGCUUCGCCACAUCUGCAGAGAUUAAAUUGCCUUGUGCACGCUUGGAACCUAGAGAUCUUCCUGGCUGGCUAAUUUUUACUCCAUUUUCUGCAGUACCGUAAUGUCGCUCCCUGUCGCUGACUUCAAUUAUGCAGUGCUCGGAAAAGGCAGCGCAAUGUGCUGUCUACUUCCAUGAGGCUCUCGAAAGUGCAAUCAUUUGUAUAGCUUCUAUUAUGCUGUAUUUGGCCUGCCGUUUGUUUGUACUAAUCUUCUGGAGUCUAGCUAUGUUUGACGAAGAGGAACAAGAAGUAUUUUUUUUGGGUCA